GCCGGUCAGAGCGUGCGGCGAGAGCAGCACGUCGACGGCGGAGCGCGCAGACAUCGCCGCGGAGCGCCAGCCAACGUCAGCCGCGUUGUCGCAGUGUACGUCGACGUCCUCAGCGGCGCUAUGGCUUGUCAAACCGGCAUUCGAGCCAAUGAAGCACUUCGGCAUGCAUUCAACCUAGGGAAGCAAGCCAAACUACGUUUGAUAAAGAUUGUCGUCAGGAAUGAAGAGCUUACUCCCAAUUAUGAAUAUGCGGGUACUAAUAAUUGGCGAGACGAUUGGCGUGCCACAUUACCGGAAUGCGUUGAUGCAUUUGAGCCGUGCUUCAUAUUGUUUCGUCUAAAUACUAUUACUGAAUGGAUUUUGAUAUCGUUCGCGGACGAUCGUGCACCUGUCAAAGAAAAAAUGCUACUCGCGGCCACACAUGCAACUUUCAAAAGUGAAUUUGGCCCCGUUUAUGUGGAAUACGAAAAGCACGUAACAGAUAGAAAGGACCUAACUUUAGAAUCUUUCGAGAACUGGUUAAAAACCAAAGAAGAAUUAGGACCCAUGAGCGAAGUUGAGAGAGAACUACAUAACGUACAGCAGGAGCGCGCUGCAGUCGCUCACGCAGGACCUCAACACAUGAAAGGAGUUGCUUUUCCGCUGGAUCGAAAUGCUGAGGAUGCAGUUCGGAAACUGGCCCACGGAUCGCUAGCUCUCGUUCAAUUAUCGGUAGACACUUUGAAUGAAGCAAUUAAAUUAGAAGCUACUGAGGAGAAAUUACCCCCAAGUCAAUUGGCUAGCAGAAUACCGCGGGACAAACCGCGAUACACUUUCUAUCGAAUGGACCACACUAACAAUGGACACCCGCAAUCUUCCACUUUCUUCAUAUACUCAUUGCCAGCAUCAGGUAGCUCUAUUAAAGAGCGUAUGUUGUAUUCUAGCUGUAAAUCUCCAUUCCUUGAAACUGCAACCAAGCACCUAGGAGUUGAGAUUAGUAAGAAGAUGGAAGUUGAUUCAAAAGACGACCUAUCCGAGAAAGCGCUAAUGGAAGCACUUUAUCCGGUUCCGCAAGAGAGUCCGAAACUUUUUGCUCGACCAGCGCCACCACGAGGAGCGGGUGCACGUAGAAUUACGAAAAAUCCUCUUCCAUCCAUAAUCCGCUAAAUUGUACCACUAUGUAUAAAGACUGCCUGUAAAAGUGUCUACAUAGGUGGAUUCACCGUUUCCAAAUUGUGUGAAAAUGUUUGAUAUAAAUUGUGGAGCUUAAUAAAGCUAUAAUUAAUGUGCACUU